UAAUGGCGACUGUUGAUGACGGGUCGCAAGUUGGACAUUGGUAUUGUUUAUUUGGAACAAACAUCGUAAAUUAGUAAACAUGACGGGAAUUUUACCGAGCUAUCAAAGGUUUGUCAAUGGCGUUCCCGUACCAUCAAUAUCACGUCGCUCCUUUCGGCUUCGCGAGAAAUACCUAAUUAUUUCAGUACUGUUGACAUUCGGAAUCGUGUGGUUAGGUGCUCUCUUCUAUUUGCCAGAGUUUAAAAGUUCUACUAGCGUAAAUGAUAGUGUUUAUAAUGUGUACAAACGUAUUCAAAAGGCGGGCCCAGAAUUACUUAUGCCACCGCCUCUAGCCCAGAACGAGGUAGGGGACUUUCCUGUGGUGGGUAUUGUUCGCCAUGGAGAAGAUGGAGAUGAUCCUCAUAUUGUUCAAGAUAGAAAUCGUUUGCGAGCUAAGAUCGACGAAGAUAUGGGAAUGAAAGUCUUGGAAAGGCCGUUUGACUCGGCGCCGUCUAUCUCAUCUUCUCGAGGUCCUAGCAAACCUCCUGUAGAUGCCAUUGAAGAACCAAAUGUCGCAAAUAACGCAGCUAAAGAUGUGUCCCCCGCAGGCGAAAAAUCUGUCCUUGGCAGCAAUAAAUAUGUUUUACCCAUGAUGGACUCAAAUACAGAUCCUGAUAUUAGACACAAAAGAGAAACUGUGAAAGAGAUGAUGCGUCACGCGUGGAACAAUUACAAGCUGUACGCGUGGGGCAAGAAUGAACUGAAGCCAAUAUCGAAGCGUGCUCAUCUUACCAGCGUCUUCGGUGGUGGGGACAUGGGAGCUACCAUUGUAGACGGCCUGGAUACGCUGUACAUCAUGGGGCUGAUGGAUGAAUUCCGCGAGGGACGGGAUUGGGUAGCUGAGCAUUUCCAUGUUAAUGAGAUUGAUUCAGACCUAUCAGUGUUCGAGACAACGAUACGUUUCGUGGGCGGUUUCUUGUCGUGUUACGCACUCACCGGUGAUUCUAUAUUCCGGGAUAAGGCUGCAGAAGUCGCUGAUGCGUUGCUGCCUGCCUUUGAUACACCCACUGGAUUGCCCUAUGCGCUAAUAAACCCUAGUAACAAGGCGAGUCGACAAUACCAUUGGGCAGGAUCCAACAGCAUUUUAUCCGAAGUUGGUACCCUGCACCUGGAGUUCACCUACCUGAGCGAUGUGACAGGAAAAGAAGUUUACAGGGAGAAGGUGAAGAGGAUCCGCGAUGUCCUCCACAACAUCCAGAAACCAGACGGACUUUACCCAAAUUACAUCAACCCGCGGAGCGGCACCUGGGGACAAAGGCAUAUGUCCCUGGGAGCCCUCGGCGAUUCCUUCUACGAGUACCUGCUGAAGGCGUGGCUCAUCAGCAACAAUGAAGAUGAAGAAGCCAGGAUCAUGUUCGACGAGGCAAUGCAGCCGGCGCUCGAUAAAAUGCUGAGAACGUCUCCAUCUGGUCUCGCGUACUUGGCUGAACUGAAGUAUGGCAGGAUAUUUGAGGAAAAGAUGGAUCACUUGUCGUGUUUUGCUGGUGGAAUGUUCGCGAUGGCGUCCACGAGUUUGGAGAAUUCCUUGUCUGAGCGCUACAUGGACGUCGCUCGAAGGCUGACUGACACCUGUCAUGAGAGUUACGACCGAUCUGACACUAAACUUGGACCCGAGGCUUUUAGAUUCUCCGGGGCAGUUGAAGCUCGUGCAAUGAAGAGUAACGAGAAGAUGUUCCUCUUAAGACCAGAGACCUUCGAGAGCUACUUCAUCAUGUGGAGACUCACCAAGGAACAGAAGUACCGCGAUUGGGCCUGGGAGGCUGUACAGGCGUUAGAAAAGCACUGCCGUGUGGAAGGUGGUUAUACGGGCAUCGUCAAUGUGUAUCACUCUACACCCGUCGGAGAUGAUGUUCAGCAGAGCUUCUUCCUGGCUGAAACUCUUAAGUACUUAUACCUUAUAUUCUCGGACGACUCUCUGGUGUCUAUGGAUGAAUGGGUGUUCAACACUGAAGCGCAUCCGUUGCCGAUCAAAGACAAAAACCCGCUCUACAGACAAUCGUACAAAACCAUAGAUAACAAUGUAUAAAUUUCAUCCUAUAGUUUUAAAUAUCGUUAAUUAUUUUAGCUUUGAGUCUGCUAUAUGUGAUUCAUUUUUUAUCUGUGUGUGAUUUUCACAUUCUUUAGACUAUUGCGUCAUUCCAACUGUCAUUGUCAUUUUGAAAUUAUUUAAUAUCUACACGACACCGGCGAAGUACCUUGUGCCCAGAUGGCACAAAUAAAAGUCAUAUUAAAAUUUCAGACUUAAUGCUAAAUUUACUUAUGAUACACGUAAAAAGUUAUUUAUUAGUUUGUGAUAUUUGGACUUUUGGGUUGCAAAAUGACGAUUGACACCGAUAUCUAAUUUGAUCGUAUUCUACGCUCAAAAUACGUGUUAACGGCCUAAGUUGUCAAAAACAUCUACGUCAUUAAAAAAAUAAAAGCAUGAUUUGGAGUAAACACAUGUCACCUAAUGCUUGGUAGAGCGAUGUCUUUUUUGCUCUACGACCAAACUCUAGUGCGUGAUGAGCCACUGCACGAAUUUUCUAGAAAAGAAGUCGAUCUGAUUUGAGGUAGGGAAAAUAAAUAUCUGGCAGAAAAGUCUAAUUUAUUUAUUGUAGUAAUGAAUUGCCAAAAGAAUAAAAACAAUAUUAGUUUUUUUUAAUAUAUUAAAAAUGCAUUUUAUGCACCAGGCGACUAGUAAUGGUACGUGAUUGAAAUUACUCAUAAUUAAAGUUUUUAAGGUUUAUAUAUGCCUAGUAUUUUUUUAUUAAAAAGAUUAACAGUUACAUACAUGAUAUUAAAGUGAAAACGUAAGUUUAGUAAUAUUAUUUGUUUUGUGAUGUUUCUUUCUUAUUGUUAGGCAUACAAGACCUUGUGUGUGCUGUUGGAAUGCGUGUUCCACAUUUAUGUAAAUUAUCAUUGUACCGUUACUUUUAGUGAGGCUUCUUUACGCACGCUUGACUUGGGGAGUAAGCUGGCGAACGCUUGACGUAAGCGUUACGAAAAGUGUGAUCGGGCAAGGCGAACGGAAGUUGAGUGGGGGAUAUAAGCAAGAGACAACAGUGCGCACGCACAUUUUAUUUCUCUCUUCCUGUCAUAGCCAAAUACGUUCCGUAAAUCUUAGCACAAUAAUUAAUAAUUUUACAAUCAACCAUAGCAAUUACUGAUGUAUCCAGUAGUGAAAAUAAUGAAUAAAAAUAAAACAUCUAUGCAAACAUAUUAAUUUACCAAUGAAAACAUGAAGUAAAUUUAAAUAUUUGUAGAAAAGUAAUAUAAUUAUGUAUAUGUACAUAUACAUGUAUAUAUUGUAUACAUAUAUAUAUACAUACACAUGGAGAGAAAGAAGUUUCACUUCGUGUGGUCAUAAGCACACUCGUUAUUUUUUCUUUGCUGCUUCAUUUUACUACGUAUUGUGAAUGAGAUAAAAUUGCUCAAGUCAAUUAGUAAUGAAUUUUUGUUUUUAAGAUUAUAGGCAAUCGCAAAGAUAUACAAACUGCGUUUAUUUUAAUACUUAAGAGCCAGUUGAACUACUUAACCAAACGUUUAAAGUUUACUUAACAAUGAAUCAAUGUAAUUUCUAUUAAUGGAGUCUAUAUUUUCAUGAAUUAACUUCGUAACAUAUCUGUAGCCAUAGAUAUAAAUUGUCUAUAAUUAAAAAAGAUUUCAUUACCUUUUUUAUUGUUAGGCCAAUUUCCGUCGGACGUCAAAAUUCGCGAUUAAGAUAAUAACACCACUAAUACAUAAUGGAUGUUAGAUUUUAUUCCAAUAAUAUAUACUUAGUAAUAAUAUUAGGCGCGUUUAUCGAUUCAUCUUAAACAUGACGUAAUACCUCUUAAAUCAUACGACAAUCAUUUAAUUGUUCUCUGAAUAUUGGCAAGAGUGGUUAUUUUGUUAGGCCUACUUCCUAAAAGUUUAUACGCGAACAUUCCUUUUAAAAUCUUGCCAAGUUCAAGAGUAUACAACAAAAGGAACAUAUAUCCAUCCCUUUCAUAUAGAAAGAACAGCUAUGAAUAAGAGAGGUUCGAUUGUCUUCUCGAUACUGCAUCCGUUAGGGCAUAGAUUUUUAUAGAUUAUAAAACAUAGUCGUGAGAUUAGCUGUCAUAGACAAUUGUAAUAAUCUGUACAGUGUAUAUAAAUAGUAUUCUAGUGUGUGAGCGUCGCAGAUGAAUCGCAAAAGUGCUAUUUUUUUUAUAAACUACGUUUAACUAUAAACAUAUAUAUAAUAAUCAUAUUUAAAUCUGUGUAUUGGACAGUUUUGCUAUUCAACUGCGAUAUUUUUUUUAUUUUACAUGGCGUUCUAAUUAUUAAAAAAAGUGUGUAACAAAUAUGUAGUUAAAAUCGAGAAUAAUCCAAUUUUAAUAUUCGUAUAUACCUACUUCCUAUACAAGUGAGAAUUGUUAUUAUCUCAUGUUAUUUAUGUUUUCCUAAUAGCUCUUUAUUACACGUCUUGCUUUUAUCGAUUAAAAAUCGGUUAACUAUUCUUAUUUACUGCCAUCUAUGUCUGUUGUAUUAUAUUUCUAUAGCGAAAACAAAUGUAAAGAAUUCAUACUUAGACGGAAUCUCACCCUUUGACUAAAGAUACCGUUCUUGUUACCAUGGUUACCAUAUUUACUUUGAACCGUCGUAACCAUGGUAACAAGUAAACUAUGGCCACGCAUCUUUAUUAGGAAGUGUAUUGUCUUUUUGUCAUUUGUUUUCGUUACUUAAGUCUUUAAAGACUGCAUUAGCCUUAUUCAGGGUCGUCCUUUAAAAUUAUCUACGUUGCAAAUCCGUAAUAAUUAAACUUCAAUUGUAAUCAUGGUAAUAUUUAAAUAAUCGUUGACUUAAUGAACGAUGCUGUAUAAGGCUGCAAAUGUAACAAGCAGAUUUGCAAUAUUUAUUUUAAUUACUGAUCUCAACUUUUCCUUGCGAGAUUCAAGGUUUCUUGAUUGUCAAAUGUAGACAGCAAUAAUUGUUUAGUAUGACACCACUAGUAGUAUUUGACAAUCGGGAAAUCUUCAGAUUUAAAAGACAUUUUAUUACAAUAUAUUUUGAUUAAAGGACAUACCAUGUAAAUAUUCAGUUAGACUGCUUGUUAUAAAUGUGUUUAUGUAUGAAGAUGUAGUAAUAAUUGUAAAUUUUCGUUUAUUAAUAAAAAUGUUUAUAAAAUA